GAGGUGGAGUCUCGCGGUGGGGAGGGAGAAGAAAGGGGAGAGAGGAGGAAAACGGGGACAGGCAAUUCCGAGAGAACCGGGGGGAGGACGGUGGAUGUUUUACGCCUUCAACGUUGCAUUAGAAGCGGGUAAACGGCGGCGGCGAAGAGGAGCAAAACAAGAUGAUAACGCCCUACUUCCUGGAGAGUUUCUGGGGGGAGAAGAACAAUGGCUUUGACGUGCUCUACCAUAACAUGAAGCAUGGCCAAAUCUCCUCCAAGGAGCUGACAGACUUCAUCAGAGAAAGGAGUACUAUUGAAGAGGCCUACGCCCGAUCAAUGACCAAACUUGCCAAGUCAGCUGGCAACUUUUCUCAGCUUGGGACAUUUGCUCCAGUGUGGGACGUUUUCAAGAGCUCGACAGAGAAGCUGGUCAGCUGUCACAUGGAGCUCGUGAGGAAACUGCAGGAACUUAUAAAAGAGGUUCAGAAGUACGUGGAGGAGCAGGCCAAAGCACACAAAAAGACAAAAGAAGAGGUGGCGUCUACCCUGGAUGCCGUCCAGAACAUCCAGACCAUAUCUCAGGCUCUGCAGAAGUCCAAGGAGAUCUACAACGCCAAAACCGUGGAGCAGGAGCGCCUCCGCAAAGAGGGGGCCACCCAGAGAGAUGUGGACAAGGCUGGAGUGAAAGCCAAAAAAGCCACAGAAACCUACAAAGCAUAUGUGGAGAAAUAUGCCACAGCCAAGUCAGAAUUUGAACAGAAGAUGUCAGAAACUGCACAGAAAUUCCAAGACAUUGAAGAAAACCACAUUCUCCACAUGAAGGAGAUCAUUCAGUCAUACUCGCAGUCAGUCAACGAGACACAAAUUCAAAUAGGAGAGCUCCACCACGAGUUUGUGAGGAACGUGGAAAACACCUCGGUGGAGAGCUUGAUACAGAAACUGUCCGAGAGCAAAGGAACGGGAAAGGAGAGACCAGGGCCCAUUGAGUUUGAGGAGUGCAAUACAGCUAUCGCAACUGAAGGUGCUAAACCCAGAAAGCGAAAACCAUUUGGCAUCCCAGGUCGUAGUAAGAAAGACAAGGACACAGACUCUACGGAGUCUACAGAAGUUGAAGCUGCUAACACUGCCAAUGGCGCUCCCCCCGGAUACUAUGGGGCCAUAGACAUCCAGAAUGCUAAUGUUCCCCAGGUUGAUGCGGAGGGCUUCUGUAUCCGACCAGAAGGAAAUGAAAACGAUGCCAAAGAGAAUUCCUUCUAUUCGUCCAGCGACUCCGAGGACGAAGACGAACCCAGGAAGUUCCACGUCGAGAUCAAGCCCGUUCAGCCAAACAACGGCACGCACCAGAACCGGGCCACCAUUGACGAGCUCAAAGCCUCCAUUGGAAACAUCAUCCUGUCGCCUUCCACCUCGGGACAGAUGCGGAGGAACCAGUCCAGGAUCACAGGAGUAUCUGCAUUAAGCCCUAAGGCUCAGAGUCGUGGCGAUGAGCUGGCAAAACCCCGAGUGCCAACAUCGUAUGAACUGACCAACAACGACCUUCUGUCUCUGGACCCGUUCAGCCCGACUCUGGCAGCAGGCUCCUCCUCCUCUGUGUCCUCCUCAGCAGUGCCAUUACCGAACCGGCCCACCACGCCGCUGACAGCUGGAGCCCUGGUGCCCCCACCACGACCCUCCUCCAGGCCCAAGCUCCCCACUGGAAAACUCACAGGAAUAAAUGAGAUUGUACGACCGUUCAGCCCACCCAAAAUGUCCGGCGCCAGUCCUCCACCCACUGCCCCACUCGCCCGGGCGGAGAGUUCCUCCUCCUUGUCCUCGAAUGCCUCUCUCAGUGCCGGCAACACCCCCACCGUUGAGGAUGAUGUGUUCAUAGCGAAGCUGCCUACCUUUGAGAAGCGCUGUGAAACACCAGCAGGGACGUCUCGCGGUCCCAGCCCUGUGACCCUGGCAUCCCAAGAUGCUUUGCCCAUUGCCGUGGCCUUCACAGAGUCGGUUAAUGCGUACUUCAAAGGAGCUGAUCCUUCUAAGUGCAUUGUGAAGAUCACCGGGGAUAUGACUCUGUCGUUCCCCAUGGGCAUCAUCAAGGUGUUCACCUCCAACCCCUCCCCGGCCGUCCUCUCCUUCAAACUGAAGAACAUCAGCAGGCUGGAGCAGAUCCUACCCAACCAGCAGCUCUUAUACAGUGAUCCUUCCCAAAGUGACUCAAAUUCCAAGGACUUCUGGUUCAACAUGCAAGCGCUGACGUCCUACCUCAGAAAAGCCUCUGAUCAGAAUCCCUCAGCUUCCUACUACAAUGUGGACAUCCUAAAAUACCAGGUGUUGUCUGAUGGGAUCCAUUCCACGCCUCUCAACAUGGCCGUGUACUGGAAGUGUACAGACACUACAACGGACCUGAGGGUGGACUACCGCUACAACCCAGAUUCCAUGGCCUCUCCUGGGCAGCUCACCAACGUCCAGAUCUUAGUGCCUGUUGACGGGGGAGUCACCAACCUGCAGUCUCUGCCCAACUCCAUAUGGAAUUCCGAGCAAAAUAAGUGUUUGUGGAAGCUGAGUGACAUCUCAGAAAAGUCUGAAAAUGAAGGUGCUGGAUCGCUGAGGGCCAAGUUCGAGCUGUCCAGCGGUCCGUCGAACCCCUCCACUAUGGCAGUGCAGUUUAUGAAUGAGGGGAGCACCCUGUCCGGAGUGGACAUGGAGCUCCAGGGGCCUGGAUACAGACUUUCUCUCAGCAAGAAGAGAUUCGCCUCAGGACGUUAUAUGGCAGAUUGCUGAGGUUCCCCCCCCCCCCCCCCCCCCGCUAUGGUUCACAUACAAACAUCCCCUUCUACACACAACUUGGCAACUUUAGCCUCCGAAACCUCUGGAUCCACCUGAGCACCAAUGUGCUUUUUGCCCAGGAGGCAAGAAUCUCACUACAAUAAAACAGCACUGAGUAUUGAACACUGUCUAAAAAAAAAAAGAAUAGAAGAAAACUAAGAUGAGCUUUCAGGAACUGUGUAGAUAUGAAGUGGAAUAAUGCUUUCUCAACAUUUCACUUUCGUAUCGUCAGAAACGAUUUAUGGAUUAGAUAUAAAUCUAUAUUGUUUUUUGAAAUCAUAAAAAAAAGAAAAACGUGCACUAACAAUCUUUCAGAUUCUCUUUUUUUCCCGCUUAUGUUUGUUCUUCUUUUCAAGAGAAGUGUUUGAGGAAUUUAAAACAAAACCAUCUCUGUCUGAAAGAGAAGAGAUGACGUCUCUCCUUUUCCUCUGAUCUGUAAAUAUUAACGCUGAGUCUUCUGCUCCACCAGCUCUGGCUCAGUUCUCAAAUCACUUUUCUUUGCUGAUCAUUCGCUUAGCCUCCGCACAAGUAGCCUUUUUUUGUUUUUGUUUCAUGUGCAAUGAAGCCAUGAAGGUAGAAUCUGUCCCACCCGCUCUCACUUUCUUAUGGCACAAGCUCGAUCUUUAAACUAACUUUGAAGUGCUUUCAAACAAAAUGCAAAAAAACUCAAAUCUGACCUCAGUGCCUCGUCUUAUUCUGUGGAUCACUAGGUAACAAAAGUGCUUCAAUGGUUUACCCAGAUCAGGGUUGUUCUAGAUUUAAGCUACAUUUCUCUGUGGUAACAUGCAUGGAGUUUUUUAAACAAUCAUCCAAAAUGGGCUUUGGGACCAGUGGGGUCUUUUUACAAUUUAUAAUUUUUUCCCCUUUUAAAUUCCCCUUUCAGUCACGACGUGUCUUUUUUUCUACAUUUGAACCCCAAAUUUCUAUUCUUCUCACCAAUCUUGACUUUAAACGUUGAGUCAAAUGUUAGAUACUUAAAAAAAAAAAAAUAGCAAGGGCGUUACCCCAAAGAGUCGUAGCUUUUUCUAAACUGGCGGUGUUUUUUUAAUCAAACUCUUGUGCCCUAUCGAUGGAGAAAUGUGCCUGAAUCAAACUUGUUUUGUAAACUCCAGCACAGUUCAUGAGAACAGCACCGACGUUGUGCCAGUUGUGUUUUUUACAGCUCUGUUUGGAUACCGAAGGGAAAAUGUCGCCUCUUUUUACAAGCCAACAGUCUUCCAGAACUUAAUUUGUCACGUUCGCCUUCUUGGAUUGAGUUUGACCAUUGAACACAUUUUUUUUUUUUCUAAUAUCUUCUUUUCUGUACUCGUCAGUCGACCUCAACCUUCCACAUACUCACAGAGCAUUAGUGAGGUUUGAGAACAGUAGCACAUUAAGGCCAAAUUAACGAUCGAAAUGCCUUAAACCAACUGCUCUACACUGUGUAAUCCAGUGUGGUUACAUGCUGUGACACAGUGUUGCCAUUGCCCUGUAAUAGAUUACUGAUGGGUCCUGCCUCUCGCACAGUGCAUGCUGGGAUAAGCUUCAGCCUCUUGUACAGCAGGAGCGGGUGUAGAAAGAGGAUGAGUGGAACUCUGUCACGUUUGGAGGGCUGCUGCUGCUGCUGCUGUUAGAGGCUGUUGUACUUCUAGAUGGAGUGUUUUACGUUGUGUUGUGAGUCGGACACACUUUCGUUGACCUCGUCCUCGCGAUGAUCCUGAAGUUGGUCGGUGUGUCGGUAUGUGACUCGUCUGGAGAUGCAAUAAGUUGCGUGGAAGCUGUGAUUGAAAAUGGAUGAAACCUUGUGGGAGGGCAGGAGUUUCAUACGCUGUGCAUCCUGUGGCCAACUGACCUCAAACGAUAUUUUAGGAGACGACAGUUCAGACUCAUGUUUAAUCACUUUGUCAGUGCUAUAAAACAAUUUUUUAAUGGUUUACAGCUGAUUUAAACUCAAACCCUCAGUGAUUCAUUUAAUGUCUCACUUGGAAACCUCACGAAUCAUCAUAUCUUGCCAGGGUGAUUAAAUCUUUUCCUAAAUUCAUAAUGUUUUUAAUGUUUUGUAUGAUUCUUUAGUAGCUGGAUUAAGACUCAAGCUUUUAAUACUAUCUUAGAGCCAGACACUGUUGUUGUCUGUUGAACUUUUAAUCAGCCAAAUGUUUGAAAUGAAUGAGUUUAUAUGAAAUCCUGUAAAAUUGUAGCACCAGACGUUUGUACAGCGAAAAAUCAACAUGUUGCUCUGUGAUCCCCCCCGUAAUCAGUUCUGUCCAUGAUUUAUGGUCAGAUGAACCAAAUGCAUUAACAAAAAAUGGACUUCACAGAUUCUGUAGUUAUAUUCAGUAUUAGCAAGCUGGUUCUUGCUGUCCCCGCAAAACUCUCUGAAUAACUUUUUGAAGGCUCAUUUCUAGGUCACUUUCAUUUUCUUUCUUUAUAUGUUCUGUGAAGAGCAACAUUUUGUAAAUGAUUCUCAUAAAUUGUACAUUUUUACCAAUAUCAGCCACUUUUUGUCUCUACUUUAUGAUUUCUAAUUGUGCCUGUAUUAAAUGUGUAAUAUAUGAAUAUAUACAAAUAUAUGAAAAUGACUACUU